AUGACUACAUUUUCUACCUCUACGCCAUCCAUCCUUCUGCAGAACCUGAAGAUGAACUCCUCUGAGCAGCCGGGUCCCUGGCUGAACAGCAGCACCUUGCUACCUAUGAAAUCGUCAAGUUUGGGGGUGUCCUGCUUCACUAUGACAUUUGGCGCCAUCUCCAACCUCACAGCUCUGGGCAUCCUGGCUAAGUCCCGUGUCCGAUUCCGCCGCCCAUCCAAAUCCCCAUUUCUGCUUCUCACAGUAGCUUUGCUUCUGGCUGAUCUUGCAGGUCAUGUUAUCCCGGGCGCAUUUGCUUUGUAUCUGCACAUGGAUCAGAUUAAUCAAAUGAAGGCCGUGAAGCCCACCAAAGUAUUCUGCCAAAUAUUUGGGGCCAGCAUGGUCUUUUUUGGCUUAUGCCCUUUACUGUUGGGUUUUGCCAUGGCAGUAGAGCGCUGUGUGGCCAUCACCCGGCCCUUUUUCCACGCUGCUAUGGUCACAUUGGGUCAUGUGUGGCGAGUUGUGUUAUUGCUGUCCUCUCUUGCAUUUGUGCUGGCAGUUCUACCUUUAUUUGAGGUGGGCACCUACACUACCCAGUUUCCUGGUACAUGGUGUUUCUUACCUAUCCAUGGUCCAAAGUCUACAGCCGACACCAAUUUGGUUCUGGCCUUCUCCUGUUUGGGUCUUACCGCGCUUACUUUUUCCCUACUCUGCAACAUCCUGAGUGGUCUGGCAUUGCUGCAAGCCAGAAAGAAGUCCCACAAUGUAAAUACAAAAUCAGCAGCUCGCUACACUCGUCGUGCAUCAUCCACAUCUUCCACCUUUUCUCGUUCGUUGAAUGUGGAGAUGAUGGUGCAACUGGCAGUAAUCACUGUGGUUUCCUGUGUAUGUUGGAGCCCCUUUCUUAUCCAUAUUCUUGUGAAGCAGUUCAAACAAAGAACCUCAACCCAAGAGAAAGAUGGUUUCAUUCUUCUGGGCUUACGUAUGGCAUCCUGGAAUCAAAUCUUGGACCCUUGGGUUUACAUUUUACUGAGGAAAGCAGUGCUUAUUAGAGUUUGCUGUGCCAAAGUGACAGAAAAUAGGUCCUCUGCAGACUCACACAGACAAGCCUUCAUGCUGCAAUGA